ACCGGGAGCUGAAAGAAAGACAAACAGACUAGAAGAAAAAACAAACAGCUGUUGCAGAUUAGCGCUUCAGGCUUCAUCAGCUUUCAGAAGAACAUUGUUAUUUUUCGUUGUUAGUUUUUACAGAAUUUCUAAAAGGCAAAAUGAUAAGCAACAGAAUCAUUGUCAGCUCCAUCGUGGUGCUUUUGACCCUGCUGGCCACCUGUGAAGGCAUGGGAGUGGAACUGCACUGCCGUUGCAUUCAGACAGAAAGCAAACCUAUUGGCCGCCACAUCGAGAAGGUGGAGUUGAUUCUUCCCAACUCCCACUGCGAGGAGACGGAGAUCAUUGCCACACUGAAAAGGACAGGUGAAGAGGUUUGCCUUAAUCCUGAGGCCCCCUGGGUCAAGAAAGUGAUCAACAAGAUCAUGUCCAGCAGACCCUGAGCUGAAGAACUGAAGCGACACAAGAGAUGUGCUUCAUGAACGAGCUGUUUUUUAACCAACAAAAAUCACUGAAAUCACCGUUUUCCUUUCACGAGAUGAAUGUCAUCAUAUGCAACUAGCAGUACCACUCGCCUGAAAACCUGUUAAAAAUGACAGAAUUUUGAUUGAAGUGUUUGUAUCAAACACCUUAUUUUUUUACUUCAGUAUAUGUAUUCUCCAUGUAUUCUCCUGUCAUGAAGAAAGGGAGGCUACCUAUUUCCCUGUGUGUAUGUAUUUAUGUAUUUAUGAUUAUAA